AUGGCAGAGGAAAUCAGCUGUAAGGCCUCCACUCCCAGGAGGCUGAGUCAUGAAACAUCAGGACACUUCCCUACGUGGUCGCUGGAGACACUGUUACAGAGACUGAGGUCCCUAAACACCAAGCAAGAUGACAAGUUGGCCCACAUCCUGGAUGUGGUGGGAGAGUUUGGCACAUUCCAGCGGAGGCUGGUGGCUCUCACCUUCAUCCCCAUCAGCCUGUCAGCCUUCUUCAUUUUUGUUGACCACUUUGUGUUCACAGCCCAGAAACCCUAUUGCAAUACCAGCUGGAUACUGGCCGUCGGCCCCAACCUAUCUGAGGCUGAGCAGCUGAAUCUGACUCUGCCCAGAGAACCCAAUGGCAGUUUCCUGACGUGUCUCAUGUACUUGCCUGUGAACUGGAACCUGGAUUCUAUCAUCCAUUUUGGCCUCAACGACACCGUGUCAUGCCAAGAUGGGUGGAUCUACCCUGAUGCCCAGGAGCGAUCACUGAUCAAUGAGUUUGACUUGGUGUGUGACAAGGAAUUCAGCUGGAAUAUCGUGCAGGCCAUAUUGUGGUCGGGGAUCCUGAUAGGAUCUAUCAUCUUUGGGUUCCUAAGUGACAGGCUGGGCCGCUACCCCUGCAUCCUGCUCUCGCUGCUGGGACUGAUCAUCUUCGGCUUCGGGACAGCUUUUGUCAAGAGCUUUCGCCAGUAUCUCUUCUUCCGCUUUGGCGUGUCCCAGGCGGUGACCGGCUAUCUCAUCAGCAGUGUGUCUUUAGCCUCUGAGUGGCUGGGGGGUGAGCACCGGGCCCACGCCAUCAUCCUGGAAAACUGCUUUUUCACCGUGGGGCUCAUGUUCCUGACAGGGCUUGCCUAUAGCCUGCACCACUGGCGCCUGCUGUUCCUGGUGGGGGGAGCCCCUACCUUCCCCCUCAUCGCCUAUAUCUGGAUCCUCCCAGAGUCGCCGCGGUGGCUAAUGAUGAAGGGGAAGACGGAGGAGGCCAAGAAGGUGCUGCGCUAUGCCGCUUAUGUGAACAAGAAGACCAUUCCUGUAAGUCUGCUGAACAAGUUACAUCUUUCCAGCAAAAAGGUGACUGAGGCCUCUGUCCUGGACUUCUAUAGCAAUAAUUACCUCCGCAAGUUUGUCUUGGUGAUGGUAUGUGUGUGGUUUGCUAUCGGUUACAACUAUUGUCUGCUGAGCACCCAGAGAAGGGAUUUCAGCACCAGCAUUUACUUCACAACGCUGAUCCCCAGCAUCAUGAAGUUGCCCGCCCGGCUAGGCUGCAUCUUUCUCCUGGAGCAGGUUGGGAGGAAGAGGAGCCUGAUUUUCACUUUCUUCCAAGGCUCUCUCUUGUGCUUCAUCAGCCUUCUCAUUCACCCAGGUAAAGACGCAGGCCUGGCACUGAAUUGGCCCUCCUCACCUCAGAGGUCACUUUGUCUGACCACAGAGCUGAAAUCCAUGUACACCUUGCUGGUCAUGUUGGGCGAGUUCAGCCUGAUCGCGUCGUUCACUGUGCUCCUGGCCUACUCCACAGAGCUCCUCCCCACUGUCCUCAGGUCUACGGGUCUGGGGCUGGUGACUCUGGCCUUGGCAGCUGGAGUCAUCAUGUGCUUGACAUUCAUCAGUCACGACCAGAACUUCCUGCCCAGCUUUCUCUGCUGUUUCUCAGCCACCCUGGCUUUGCUGCUCUGCAACUUGCUGCCGGAAACGCGAAACCAACCCCUCUUUGACAGCCUGGAGCACUUACCCACAUUGAAAAAGUCUCUGUCCCUGGAAAUGACUGAUGACCUCACAAGUGAUGACAUGACUGAAGUGGCCAAGAACACCUUUCUCAAUGCCACAAUGGAGAAUUUCAACUCAGACUCCAUCUCCAGCAUGAGGCAGACCUACGAGGACACAGUUAGUCAGGCAGAGGAGGCAGCUGACUGAGGGCAGGCCCAGGAUGACCUGGGAUUGGAGUUCAGUGUCUGGGCGUGGGGCCCUGGAUUCCAGAUGCUGACUGCCAGGCCUAGACCAGUUUGGGGAACAGAGUCAGUCCUGCUCUGAGGCCAGCCUUUGAGAUCCCCAAAUUACCCCUUCUGGGGGAGCUAGGGUGUGAUUCAUUCUAAUAAAGGUAACAUG